AUGAGCUUCUCUAGAAAAAUUAUCAUAUUUUCAAUUCUAACAUAUAAUUGUAUUUUUGGAACUUUUAUAAAUGUUGAGCUAAAUUUGAAAUGUCGUGCAAAACUAUUUUGGUCAUAUUCUUUUGAUAUUUAUGAACACGAUUAUGCAACUGGAAAUGAUUUGGUUGAACAAAAUAGAGAAUGGUUUGAUGUUGAAGGUGAUGAAGUUGUAUGGAAAUCUUUUGAAUAUUCAGAAGGUGAUGGAAUAUGGGAUGUUAGUUUUUUGCUCAAUAAUAAAUGUUUGGAGAUAUAAAAAACUGAUUUUUUAGAAACAGUAUGAAUUUUUCUUUAAUCUUCGUCAUAAUUGUGGGAAUUAUACUGAAAAAAUCGCGAAAUCUCGAUUCGAAGAAAAACAUACGAGGUUAUACAUUUCGCAUAUUCCAGUCGAUGCAGUGUAAGUUCUGAAAUUAUUUGAAAAAAAUCUUGAAGAUCACAUUCAGCGAAUUCAACACAACUAUUUCGACAUUUCUUGAUGAUUUUGGACAAUGGAAGUUUCGACCAAAUUCAAAUCCGAAAAAACCUCACAGAUUGAAUGCCAGUGAUGAGGAAUAA